UGUCAACAACAAAUAACAACAAUCAUUAACUGAAUUUUAAUCGAAAUUGUCAAAUAAAUCCUCAAUAAUGUACAGUGAAAUUGAUGAUUUGAUUCAAAAAAAUCGAAGUAUUGAGGAAGAUUUGAAAGUUUUCGGCUUAGAUAAAAUAGAACCAUUAAAUUUCAAUCAUCAAAACUAUAGCGAAUGGCAACAAUAUGAAAAAGAGAUACGAUUAAGUGAUGUCAAGGUUGAUGUUCAUAAAAUUCAGAAUCAACAUAAAAAAUUGGUAGAAGAUUUAAGUAAAAGUCAAAACUCGAUAAAACUUUUAAACGAAUGUUUAGCGACAAAAGUAAACGAAUCUGAAAUCGACAAGUUAUCAGCACAACGUAAAGCGCGCAUAAAAAAGUUGGAGAGCAAACAGACACAAAUUGACGAUUUCCUACUAACACUCAUCAAAAAAAUUUAGAGUUCGGUCCCUUCACGAUCACAAAGCUUCUUCAUUUUUUUUUAAGAAUUCGAUAUUGUUUUAAAAAUACCUAUUCGAUAAUAAACAAUGAAUAACAAGAGAACAUAAGCAAGGAUAAUAAUAGCAAACACUUUCUAAGAACGAACUGGAUAAUGAACAAAUGUAACCAUAUGUUUGUGACACAUUUAUACAAAUCAAUGACAUUUUUUUAAAUGGAAAUUGAUACAAAUUAUUAUCAAUCAUCUCACAUGUUUCAGAUUAUAAUAAGUAAAUUACAUUUCUUUUUUAUUUCUGUUGUCUUAUGCUCAAAAAUCAAUAUUUCUUAAUUAUCGCCAUGUGACAUAGAUAAGUUUAUAAUUUAAAUAGAAUACCUAUUAAUCAAAAAAAUCUCGAAAUUAGAAUGCAUUUAAAAUUAAAAAAAAUAUUUGCAUGAAAUAUCGAUUCUUAAUAUAAUUGAUAAAAAAAUCUGAUAAUUAAUAAAGAUUAAUUACCAGCUCACAAAUUAGAAACCUC